AUGAAGCUGGGGCGCAUGGCGAUCCGUGUGCUGCUGCUGAUCUGCGCCACCUUCCUGGCCAUCCUGACCAGCUGCGUGUUCAUGGCCGGGCUGCAGGAGCGCAGUGGCCUCUUCCUGGAGGACUUGGUUUGGUGGAAGGUGUCCGGCGACAGCAAGACCAUAGAGAUCACCAAUGCGGGGGCAUCCGUCAUGACCCUGGGCUCGGAUCUGCCGCAAGGCGCAGAUCAGGACUUGGACAAGGUGCUGACCAACGUGUCGGGCGGCCACGGGCACGGGCACUACGCGGUCUGCGGGCACACUUGGCACUCUCUGCAGCUGGUGGACUAUGCCUUGCUCUCCAUGCUGGCCUACAUCACCCCCAGCGAGAAGAACAACUUGCCGCAGCUGCUGAAGCUGUUGUUCCCCCAUUUGGAGGUGUCCAUCCGGCAUUUGCCGCCGCUGCAACAGAGGCGGUGGCUGGAGUUCAACGUGAAGCGCUGCAGCAGCGGCGGGCUGUGGCGCGGUUGGACGGAGGGGUGCCGCACCUUGCGAGUGGUGUCGGUGAGCGGCACGGACAUUAGUCGCAUCGCAGACUACACGGAGAACCUCCGCAUGUGGACGGAGCCGGUGUGCCUGCAGAUCCUCCAGACCAUCUUCCCCACCAUCCGCAUUUGGCCGCGGGACUCCGCCUCCAUGGUGAUCCGCACCAUCCACGGCAUCCUUGGUGGCUUGGGGCUGGAGGACAACCAGUGGCACUACAGCGCCAUCCUGGACCAUGUGCGGCACAUCCCCAGGGACGAGGAGGUGGUGGUCACGGGGCACUCCUUGGGGGGCGGCAUCGCGCUGGUGGUGGGGGCCUUGACGGAUCGCCUGGCCGUGGCCUUGCAGCCGCCAGGCGUCUUCUACUCGCUGGCGAAGCACGAGGCGGCGCAGCGGUCCAAGCCGAGGGGCGCCCUCCACCAGAGGAGCGUGUCCCUGGUGUUUGAGGGCGACUGGAUUGGGAACUUCGAUGGUCAUGGAGGCUUGGUGCAGACCAUGCUGUGCGACCAGACGCGCCAGAGCAUCGCAGUAGGGUGCCACUUGCUGGAAGGCGCCAUCUGCCACCUGCUGCGGCACUGCGGGGACGACGCGGAGCGCUUCAGCGUCUGCAGGCACGAGUACCAGCCCGCGCACACAGCCAUGAACCUGGCGCGCACCGUCUGGCGCUUCCUGCGCGUCAGCGUGCAGUCAUCCUAUUCCCUCACGGAUGUCUCCGCCUUCGUUUGGCUCUUCCUGGCCACAUCUUUGCUGGUUGUGCUGCGCCAUGGGGCGCCCAUCAUGCAGCGGACCGUGGCUGGGGCCCCGGAGCAUCGGCCCCUUCUGUGA